GUGACGGUGACGUCUCUUCGGGCCUCUCUGUAUAAGGUCUCCGCUCCUCCGGGAGAUGCAGAUAGACCGGCGCCGCUGACUGAGGACCGCUGUGUGACCCCCGGUGUUGUCCCCUCCCUCGGUAUGUUGCCGUGCUGGCAGGGAAGAUGACGGGCCGCUGCUGAGGCUGAGAAGAAUGCGGGCAAAGCGGAGCGGCAUCCCGGGGGCAGAGCGGAGAGCCCAGCACUAGCUGUGCCAUGUUCCCUCACCCCCUCUACCAGCUCCCGGAGCACUUCCAGAUGGGCACCGCGGGCACCUAUAGCGGCGGCUCCCCCACCCUGAGACGGAUCCCCUCUCACCCCCUAUCCAGGCCCCGGGCCCCCAGCACCAUGCUGCCCUCCAUGCUAAUGUUUGGGGUGAUCGUGGCCUCCUGUGGGUUACUGCUGAUGAUUGAGAGGGGCAUCCUGGCCGAUGUGAAGACCCCUCCUCCCCGGGGGGACCUGGCAUGGCGCUCACACAGCCGGGGUGGGGUACACCGGGCAGAGGACUUGGACUAUGAGAUCCUGCGGGACAUCCGUAACCGGACGAUGAGCGGCGUCUGUGGCCAGAAGAAUAUGCCCCACAGUCCCUGGGACCUUCCCCCGGGCCAGCGGAGGACCCUACUCAAACACAUCAUUGUCAAUGACAAGUACAAGUUCCUCUACUGCUAUGUGCCCAAGGUGGCAUGCUCCAACUGGAAGAGGGUCCUCAAGGUGCUGGAUGGUCACCUGGAGAACGUGGACGUCAAGCUGAAGAUGGACCACAAGAGCGACCUGACCUUCCUGUCUGACCUCUCGGAGGACGAGGCCACCUACCGCCUGCGACAUUACUAUAAGUUCUUGUUUGUCCGGGAGCCCAUGGAGAGGCUUCUGUCCGCCUACCGCAAUAAGUUUGGGGAAAUUAAAGAUUACCAGCAGAAGUAUGGCAUGGAGAUUGUCAGGAGGUACCGGGAGAAGCCUGGCACAUCCCAGGGGGAGGAUGUCACCUUCUCCGAGUUCCUCCACUAUCUGUUGGAUGAGGAUGUGGAGAAGAUGAAUGAGCACUGGAUGCCCAUCUAUAACCUGUGCCAGCCCUGUGCUGUCACCUAUGACUUCAUAGGAUCUUAUGAGAGGCUGAGGGAGGAUGCCAACACAGUUCUGGAGGCCAUCAAUGCCCCACCGUACAUCCAGUUCCCCGAGAGACAGGCCUGGUACAAGCCCGUCACUAAAGAGACAUUACAUUACUUCCUAUGCAAUACCCCCAGGGGUCUGAUCCGAGAGCUCUUACCCAAGUACAUCCUAGACUUCUCUUUGUUCGCCUAUUCCCUUCCCAAUAUUACCAGUGAAUAUUGUAGAAACUAGAGCUGGCCAACACAAGUAGCCUGCGGGCUAAAGGGAUCCGUUCUACUCUACACGGGUUGGAUGCACCACUGCAGCCCUUGUAUUUUGCCCGUUGGUCCCAUCUGCUGUCACAAUACCCACACAGUGCCUUGUAUCUGAUUGGAUGCAGGCGCUUUUCAGGAGACGUUUUUUUUGCUCAGCUCCUUUAAUUUUUCAGUAGUGGAACAUCUCGGGGGAGGUGACCAACAGGGCCACCCACUUCGCAAACUUCAGGUGCUUCAUCAGGAAUGACCAAAAUGUAGCUCUGUGUCUUGUCAGCUUCAGGUUGUGAACUGGGAUAUUUUAUUUAAAGCUCAACUGAACUAUUGAUUUAGGCUAGAUUCCCACUAUGCAGGUGUGGGACUGCAUGUAAAAAUGCGCUGCUGUUAACAAACGCGUGUGGAUGAGAUUAAGGCCCCUUUCACAUUGGCGGACCGUUUGUCCGUUUAUUACAAGUCCGUUCAUGGACUUGUAAUGCAU